AUGGCCGGGAGAGUCGAAAGAACUGCGAUCGGUAUUGAUUUGGGAACAACAUACUCUUGUGUGGCCGCCUGGUUUGAUAAGCACAACCGUGUUGAGAUCAUUCCUAAUCAACAGGGUAACAAAAUCACUCCUUCAUGCGUUGCUUGGGAUGGAAUGCAAAUGCUAGUAGGUGAGGCUGCAAAAAAUCAAAUAACCAGGAACCCUAAGAACACUGUUUAUGAUGUUAAACGCUUAAUGGGAGCUAGAUUCAGUGAUAGUGUAGUCCAGAAAGACAUAGAAAGUAAACCUUUUAAGGUAAUUGAAGGGUCUGGAGAGAAAACAACCAUUGUUUUUGAACACGAGUCGUUAGAAAAGAAGUUUUCACCAGAAGAAAUAUCGUCAAUAAUUCUAAGAAACUUGAAACAGGCUGCUGAAGAAUUUCUUGGAACAACAGUUACCGAUGCGGUGAUAACGGUUCCUGCAUAUUUUAAUGACAAGCAACGCCAGGCGACCAUGGAUGCUGGUGUGUUGGCGGGACUUAAUGUUACGCGGUUGAUUAAUGAGCCAACAUCAGCAGCUAUCGCAUAUGGUCUAGACAAGAGUGCUGAUGUAAACUGCCCCGAAGAGAAAAACGUAUCGAUAUUUGAUAUGGGUGGAGGAACCUUUGAUGUGUCUCUUCUUAAGAUCAGCAAGUCUGGUACCAUUACUGUUAAAGCAGUGGGUGGUGAUACUCACUUGGGUGGUGAAACCUUUGAGCAGUUGAUGGUGAAUCAUUGUGUUGAACUCUUUAAAAAGAAAGAAAAAAAGGACGUGAGUGAGAAUGCAAGAGCAAAGAUGAGGUUGAAAAUCGCUUGUGAGAAAGCAAAGAGAGAUUUGUCAUCAACAAUACAAACACCAAUUGAAAUCGAUUGCUUAUACGAGGGAAUUGAUUUCUCAACUAAAUUCAGCAGGGCAAAAUUCGAGGAGAUUAAUGCUGGUUUCUUCAUCAUGUGCAUUAAGCACGUGGAGAAUUGUUUAAGAGAUGGAAAUAUGCAAAAGAGCGAUGUUGAUGACGUGGUUAUUGUUGGUGGGUCGACAAGGAUUCCAAAGUUGCAAAAAAUGCUGAUGGAGUUUUUUGAUGGGAAACCACUUUGCAAGAGCAUUAACGCAGAUGAAGCUGUAGCUUACGGUGCUGCGGUGUUGGCUGCAAACUUAAGUGGGAAUGGAAACAAAAAGGUGCAGGAUUUCAUACUACAUGAUAUGGCCGGGAGAGUCGAAAGAACUGCGAUCGGUAUUGAUUUGGGAACAACAUACUCUUGUGUGGCCGCCUGGUUUGAUAAGCACAACCGUGUUGAGAUCAUUCCUAAUCAACAGGGUAACAAAAUCACUCCUUCAUGCGUUGCUUGGGAUGGAAUGCAAAUGCUAGUAGGUGAGGCUGCAAAAAAUCAAAUAACCAGGAACCCUAAGAACACUGUUUAUGAUGUUAAACGCUUAAUGGGAGCUAGAUUCAGUGAUAGUGUAGUCCAGAAAGACAUAGAAAGUAAACCUUUUAAGGUAAUUGAAGGGUCUGGAGAGAAAACAACCAUUGUUUUUGAACACGAGUCGUUAGAAAAGAAGUUUUCACCAGAAGAAAUAUCGUCAAUAAUUCUAAGAAACUUGAAACAGGCUGCUGAAGAAUUUCUUGGAACAACAGUUACCGAUGCGGUGAUAACGGUUCCUGCAUAUUUUAAUGACAAGCAACGCCAGGCGACCAUGGAUGCUGGUGUGUUGGCGGGACUUAAUGUUACGCGGUUGAUUAAUGAGCCAACAUCAGCAGCUAUCGCAUAUGGUCUAGACAAGAGUGCUGAUGUAAACUGCCCCGAAGAGAAAAACGUAUCGAUAUUUGAUAUGGGUGGAGGAACCUUUGAUGUGUCUCUUCUUAAGAUCAGCAAGUCUGGUACCAUUACUGUUAAAGCAGUGGGUGGUGAUACUCACUUGGGUGGUGAAACCUUUAAGCAGUUGAUGGUGAAUCAUUGUGUUGAACUCUUUAAAAAGAAAGAAAAAAAGGACGUGAGUGAGAAUGCAAGAGCAAAGAUGAGGUUGAAAAUCGCUUGUGAGAAAGCAAAGAGAGAUUUGUCAUCAACAAUACAAACACCAAUUGAAAUCGAUUGCUUAUACGAGGGAAUUGAUUUCUCAACUAAAUUCAGCAGGGAAAAAUUCGAGGAGAUUAAUGCUGGUUUCUUCAUCAUGUGCAUUAAGCACGUGGAGAAUUGUUUAAGAGAUGGAAAUAUGCAAAAGAGCGAUGUUGAUGACGUGGUUAUUGUUGGUGGGUCGACAAGGAUUCCAAAGUUGCAAAAAAUGCUGAUGGAGUUUUUUGAUGGGAAACCACUUUGCAAGAGCAUUAACGCAGAUGAAGCUGUAGCUUAUGGUGCUGCGGUGUUGGCUGCAAACUUAAGUGGGAAUGGAAACAAAAAGGUGCAGGAUUUCAUACUACAUGAUGUGACCCCUCUUUCUCUUGGCAUAUGGGUUGUGGAAGAUAUUGAUAUGAGUGUUGUGAUCCCCAGGAACACAUCCAUACCCACCAUCCAGGAGAUGGUUUAUUAUGACUCUCACUAUUUGCACACCAAGGCAGGCUAUCUGCACAAUUAG